GACCCAGUGGCUUUGAAAAGAGCUCGUAACACUGAGGCGGCCAGAAGGUCUAGAGCUAGGAAGAUGGAGAAGAUGUCUGUUUUGGAGGAUAAGUGUGACGACUUGAACGCUAAGAACGAAUGGUUGGAGAAGGAACUCUUAAGAUUGAAGGGUAUUAUU